AUGCCACAAAUCAUCUUCGAUUCCAUGCAAGACCUCAUGCUCCACAUGGACCCCGUCACAGACUACCACCUCAAUAACCUCGCCGUUUUCAAACCCAAGCGUCAAUCUGCCAUCAUCAAGCUUAUACUCGCCAUUCAAGAACGAGAAAAGGAGCUCGAGGAGCGUCGACAAAACGACAACUGGGAGUACGGCCAGGACAUCCUUAGCUCUGAAACUUACUACUAUAAGGAUUACGACCCUGUACAGGGCGAUCCUCUGGGCUUAGGGGUUCAUUUUCCUCGCCAACAAGCCCGUGUCAACGUCAACAUAUUCGUAGCUCGACUCGCUGAGGAGGUAGGCCACAAUGCCUUUCUUGGGGCAUUCGCUGCAUAUCGACAAGACGCAAUGAGAUUACUAGAGCUCGUAGUUGAUGGUACGAGCGUGCGACCCGAAGACUUCACUCAAGUCGCCUCGCAGAUUGCUAUACAUGCGCCUCGCCAAACGAAGAAUUGUCCUUGGCCUAUCUCUGGACUUUUUGAGCAGCCCCAGGAGAAAUGGGAGAAACACAAGAGUCUAUGGGUUGCGCUCACGGUUCACGAGAUUCCAGUAGUGCAAGAUGCGGCGUGGGAGGCUCUUGCUAAAAUGGCUAUCGCUGAUAUGGAUUUACAGUCAAGGCCCUGAGCAGAUGAUAGGCUCAGCCUCUUAGAAUCACAAAGUAACAAUAGUAUUAUAAAACUCUUUAUACUGGUUAUCUGGUUAUCUGGUUAUUUCUUCUGUCAUAUUGGGGCCUCUAUAGGUCCCUUGAGUUAAAUUUCAACUUCAAAAAAGCAUAGAUCAAGCGAACAUGUUCGAAGAGAAAAGAACGGGGGCCGUCAUGUGCAGGCCCAGGGUCUUCCCACCAACUUGUAGUAUCUCGCCAAUCAUGCAUACAGCCAGCGCGUGUUGGCCUGUUAUGCCAGCCCGCGAGGCGUGUUUCGCAUUGGAAGAUUGGCCGGCUUGGAUGAUGAAAUGGCCGGCCCCCGGGUUGAAAGUGAGGCUGUGGUUGGGCGGUGAUAAGAUAUUUGAACUGGAC